CUGCCAUGAGUGCAGGGAACUAGAUGACCUCUCAAGGUCCCUUCCAGUCCUAUGAGUCUAUGAUUUUCAAACUUUUUUCUGCAAAAGUGAGGGCUAGAAAGUUACUGGCUAUAAAAUGGAAGCUGAGAUUCUCCCGUAACCUUUGCCACAGGAGCUGGGUUUUGAUAUUGUCAGGCACAUGCGUGACUGGUGAGUUGGUAACAUUGACUGGAACCUCGAACAGCGUUUUAACUCCCAUCUCCUGUGGGCUGGACUUGGUCUCGGUUGUUGGGUUUAGGAUGCGGUGCUGGGUGGAGCUGGUGCCCCAGUGAUGGUCUGGGGGUCCCUUCUGGCCUUAAACUAUGAUUGUCUGAAAAGGCCUCUCAUCUCCUGCCCAGCUGGCUCCAAGGAGAGACUCGCUAGCCAGCUCCUUAUUGUGGGGCUGCCGAGGUGUUGGGAAAAGACUCCCCAGCCCACACCAGCCAGUGGGUUUCAAACCUGGCUCUAGCUAGCAAGAUUUGCACUGCCUUCAGCUUGGUGUGCACGGGUUUUGUUUAGCCCUGCUAUAGAGAGUCAACCCCCGAGCAGGGUCCCAGCAGGUACUGUGCAAAAGCCUUCAGACCCCUUCCAGGCCUGCUGGGGAGAGGCCAGGGGGCGUCAGUCACCUCUUGCUCUUGUGCUUUUUUGACCUUCUGACUGUUUGUUUUCUCCCUGGAGAGGGGCAGGCUAAGCAAACAGUGAGUUCCUGGGACGGGAGGCUGCAGCCCAGCUCCAGCAGCCGCCGGAGCACUCAGACAAGCCACGCACCAUGAGGCUGCUGGUCCCAGCUCUGAUGCUGCGUUUGCUCUGCGGGGCUUUUGCAGCUGAAGGUAAGUCUCUGCUCUCCCUUGGCUGGGCUCCCUGCUGGACAGUCCAAUUCAAAGUGUUCCCUAGCUCCUGCUUGCAGCUAGCUUUUGGGAGAGAGCAAAUGGGUCUGUUGGGCUACUGAGUCCUAGGGCUAUUGAGGCCUCCAACUGGCCAAGGAGCCCAGGAGAAAGCAGCAGCCAAAUUCCCCAGGAGCCUGCUGGGGUUCUGGCCGGGGCUGCCAGGCAGCCUGUUCUGUGGACAGGAUCUUUAAAGGAUCAGCCAGGCACUGCUGACCUCUCCCCACAGGCAGAUCGCCUGUAUUAGUCUCCUGUAUUGCAGCAUUAGUCACACAUCACACACCCCACAGCAGGGGGGCGAGCAGCCAGACACCCUCAGCUUCAGCAAGUCCUGGGGGGAGGGAGAAGCGCAGCAGGGAGGGGUGAAAUCCCGGUGCAGCGUGCAGGGCUUGCCUGCUACAGCAAUGCAGCUGCCCGUCAUCGCGAGCAGCGGGGCUGGUGUGGGGAGCUGCUGGCCACCCCAGGGGCCGUGGCUCAUUCCCUGGGCCAGGGCGGAGGGGCGGGGGGGUGCUGUGGUUACUUCCCAGCUGGCUGUUUCAGAGUCUUGUGUGGGCCACUGCGAGGAUGGUUUCAAUGCCCAGAGGAAGUGCCAGUGUGACGCCCUCUGCGUGUACUACGGGAGCUGCUGCAGUGACUACGCCAGCACCUGCAAGCUGAAAGUGACCCGCGGGGACAUGUUUGCGUUCCCCGAGGACGACUACAUGGACUACAGCACCAGUGCUACCUUGGGUGAAACCACAGAGGUCCUCGGCACAGGGACUGACCCCCCAACCACAUCUCCAGACCCAGUCACUGCUGCCGCUGGCGAUUCGGUCACGGUGCCAGGCAGUGGUGCCCCCCCGCUGGUGCCCACUGGGCUGGAAGAGCUGGAGCAGGUGCAGCAGCAGGAGGAGGAGGAGGAGGAGCUGUGCAGCGGGAAGCCCUUUGAUGCGUUCACGGACCUGAAGAACGGUUCUCUCUACGCGUUCCGAGGGAAAUACGUCUAUGAACUGGACGAGAAAAGCGUGAGGCCCGGCUACCCCAAGCUCAUCCGCGAUGUCUGGGGCAUCGAGGGGCCCAUCGAUGCCGCCUUCACACGCAUUAACUGUCAGGGCAAGACCUACAUUUUCCAGGGCAGUCAGUACUGGCGCUUCGAUGAUGGUGCCCUGGACCCCGACUACCCCCGCAAUAUCUCCGACGGCUUCCAGGACAUCCCUGAUGACAUUGACGCAGCCUUCGCUCUCCCUGCGCACAGCUACCAUGGCCAGGAGAGGGUCUAUUUCUUUAAAGGCAAGCAUUACUGGGCAUAUGACUUUGCCAAACAGCCCAGCCGGCAGGACUGCGAGGUGUCCUCCCCGUCACUGGUGUUCGACCACUACACACUCAUGCAGGGCGACAGCUGGGAGGACUUCUUCCAACAGCUCUUUGGGGGCUCCAUGCGCAGUGGGGCCAGUAGACCACGGUACAUCAGCAGAGACUGGAAGGGGGUGCCAAACCACCUGGAUGCUGCCAUGGCCGGCAGGAUCUACGUCUCCCUGAGGGCUAGCAGCUGGGCUCAAAGGAGGAAAUCCCGCCGACACCGCAAGAGGUACAGGAGCCGGCGGCCGGCAGCUCACACCGUCUGGGACUGGCUGCAGGAUGAGUCCGACUCCUUGGACAUGGACUUUGACUGGCUGCCAGGGGGCUCCCGGUGCCAGCCCAUCCAGAGCGUCUACUUCUUCGUGGCAGACAAGUACUAUCGCCUCAACGUGCGCAGCAAGCGUGUGGACUUUGUGCGCCCUCGCUACCCACGCCCCAUCGCUCGGUACUGGCUGGGCUGCCCCUGAGCGGGCGAGGGGCGCCCCGAGGCGAUGGGCCGCCAC